CAAACCACCCAGCGCCCACCACGACCUCCAACGAUUCGCUUUCCCUCCAAACAGCGACAGAGCACUACCGCAAUCAUGUCUCACGAAUCUGUCUGGUACUCGCGCCCGCGCACCUACGGCAAAGGAGCAAGAGCUUGCCGUGUCUGCACUCACAAGGCUGGUCUGAUUCGCAAGUACGGCCUCAACAUCUGCCGUCAGUGCUUCCGUGAGAAGUCCACAGACAUCGGUUUCACCAAGCACCGCUAAGUGCGCGUUGGCUGGACUGGGAAGGCGAAAGGACUUGAUGGGACACGAAAGCAACAGGUUCUCUGGACGAGGAGCAAGAUUGCGGCAUAUCAGGAACGGCGUUCUACAAGAUGGUGGCUGCUGUAAUGGAUGCGCUCUACAACAACGUAGGCAAUAGCUCGUCCGCAGCUGCAAUGAUUUGAAGUCAAAGAAGACCCUCGCAUUCCUUCAUCAUCUGAACAAACCUCACACCCUUUGCCGAGUUGAUACUCACAGCGACCAUGUUGCCUACACAAUUGCAAUGAAUAGCAC